AAAAGCUUGCAAGCCAUGAGUGGAAACAACGGUGGAAUAAGAAACCCUUCUAGCUCCCCUCCCGACGACAAUAACAACGGAAGCAGCUACGCAUUGAGGGGCAAAAUCAUGCUCAGCGCAAUAGUCGUAUUGUUUUUCGUUGCGGUGCUCAUGUUCGCCCUCCAUAUCUACGCCCGCUGGUCCCUUCAACGCGCUCGCCGCCGUCAUUUCCGCAAUCGCCGCCGCCGCCGAUCCCAGAUCGUCUUCUACGUCGACCACGAGGCGAACCCCGCCACCGUCGCUUUAUCUCGCGGCCUCGAUGCGCGUGUUCUCAAGUCGCUCCCCGUCUUCACCUUCUCCUCUCAAACGCAUCCGGAUUCCUUCCUUGAAUGCGCCGUUUGCUUGUCGGAAUUCGAAGAGAACGAAUCGGGUCGGGUCUUGCCCAAGUGCAACCACAGUUUUCAUUUGGAGUGUAUCGACAUAUGGUUUCACUCUCACUCCACGUGUCCUCUUUGUCGGACCUCCGUUGAAGAGUCCGUGCCCGUGUCCGACAACCCGGGAGACUUCGUUAUUACAAUUAACGAACAGUCGGGCGGAGAAUCCGGAAGAAAUCUAGGAUCCGACUUGUGUACCACGUGUCAGCACGAGGAUAAACCAGCUGGUUCGUCGGCAUUCGGGUGUGGGAGGAAAUUGUCGAUUGAGGUCCCUAAAUGAAAUAUCGAAGGAUUCAUAGGUAAGUCGAGUGGGUGUGACUCGGGGUCGAGUCAAUCUUAUAAAUCGCCGAUGAGUCCUUGCCCUUCACCAAUAAACGCGACCGUUUCCGAGUCGGAUAUGGAGCGAGGCGUAGACGAGACUCGGCAAAUUCACAGUUGACUCGGGUAGGGAUUCAGAGAAAUAAGUUUUAGCCGCGUGGCUAUUUUUAGCUUGUCGAGACGGUCCACUCAGGCUGUAGGUUAUCUGAGAAGAAGGAAGUGAAAGUACACGUGGCAGAUUUUGGGU